AUGAACACAUCAACUUUCUAUGGGAAGCGAGCUGGUGGACUUCAAAUCAGGGUUCCACCAGUUGAAAGUGAUGACAGCUGUCUCAGUGACAGUGAGGAUAGUGAUGAAGACUACAUACCUACACCAUUAUCACAAGGUGAUGUUUCUGAAGAUGAAAGCAGUGGUAAUGAGAGUACUGACAAUGAAAGCAGCAGUGAUGAAGACUCUGACAGCAAUAAUGAUGCACCUGCUAGCACCAGUGCUACUGGUGCAAGAAGGCGACCAGUUGCUACUGCAAGGAGAGCACAGCAAAAGGCAGUGUGGAAGACAGUGCAACAACAGAACUCUGCAAAGGACAUUCCAAUUUGGCAAGCUGCUCUUCCUGAUGCUGAUGAAAUCAGACUGCCCAUUCAGUAUUUCCGAGACUUUUUUGAUGCUGAUCUUUUGGAUAGUAUUGCAGAAGAAAGUAAUCUGUAUUGCAUGCAAAAAAAUCCAAAUAGGGCCCUCAGAUUGGAUCGAAAUGAAUUGGAGCAGUUUAUUGGCACUGUAGUGUACAUGAGUGUUGUACAUUUACCAAGGUCAAGAAUGUACUGGUCCAGUGACUGUCGAGUAGCACAGGUGGCUGAUGUGAUAUCCCGAGACAGAUGGGAACAAAUUAAAAAAUUCAUUCAUUUCAAUGACAACAGCAACAUGCCAGCCAACAAUGAUGGAAAUUACGAUAAGCUUUUCAAAAUCAGGCCAAUUAUUGAUUCACUUCUCCCAAAAUUUCAGCGUCUCCCACAAGAUCAAAUGUUGUCUAUUGAUGAGCAAAUGGUGCCAUUGAAAGGUAGAUCUAGUCUAAAGCAAUAUAUCCCCAAGAAGCCAUACAAAUGGGGAUACAAAAUCUUUGUGCCUUGUGAUACAAAAGGCCUGGUGCAUUCAUUUGACAUAUUUGCAGGGAAAAUAGAUCCUGUACCUGGAGAACCUAACAUUGGUGCAAGUGGAAACAUUGUGCUAAAGCUUGCACAAGUUAUUUGUGGCGGUCUCAAUCACUUGCUGUAUUUUGACAACUGGUUUUCUUCCUUGGAUUUGUUUGUUGCUCUUGCAAACAAGGGAAUACCAGCCCUGGGGACUGUGCAGCAAAGUCGCCUGCAAGGGUGCAGUUUCAGCGUAGACACUGAUAUGAAGAAGAAGGGAAGAGGGACAUUUGAAGAGAAAAAGGUUGUUGUAGUCAAUGUAGAAAUAAGAGCAGUAAAAGGGUUUGAUAAUAGAGGGGUGAUCGUUGCCAGCACUUUUGGCAGUGCCCAGCCUGUUUCUAACGUAGAAAGAUGGGAUAGAAAGUCAAAAAAGAAAGUGUCUAUAGAAUGCCCAAACAUCAUCAGCCUGUACAACAAGUUCAUGGGCGGCGUUGAUGCUCUUGAUGCACUAAUUGCAUAUUAUCGCAUCCACAUAAGGUCAAAAAAGUACUAUCAUAGGUUCAUUUUUCAUUUUGUUGAUAUGGUCAUUGUAAACAGCUGGUUGUUGUAUCGACGUGAUUGUGAUUCACUGGAUGUACCAAGAAAGAAGCAGAAGGAUUUACUAGCUUUUAGAACAUCAGUUGCACAGGCACUCUGCAUGCAAGGCAAGGAUAUGUCAAGGAAGAAGAGGGGGUGGCCUUCAUCUGAUGUUGAAAGGGAUUUCAAAAAGAAGAAACAUCGAGGUCCAGCUAAGGCUAUUCCAACACUGGAAGUCCGUUCAGAUGCUGUGGGUCACUGGCCAGUGGUUGAAAGUGGACGGCAACGCUGCAAACGCCCAAAUUGUAAGGGCCAGACUGUAAUCAAAUGUUCAAAGUGCAAUGUUCACUUGUGCCUCAACAAGAACAACAACUGCUUUCGAGAAUUUCAUGAGUAA